CGGUGCAUCAAGUCUCAGACCAACAGACUCAUAAAAAGCUUCUAUCCCUUGGUCAUAAGACUGUGAAACGGCUAACCACUACUGCCCCCCCUUAUACUUACGCUGCUACUAAAAUUAUUAUUGAUUCGAUUUAUUACUACCACCACGUUGCUGUUCAUUUAUUAUUGAUUGCCAUUAUCAUAGGUAUUUAUCUAUUUAUCCUGCUACUGGUCACUAUUGCUCCCGUUUACAUGUAUAUAUUACCAUUAGUACAUAGCAAAAAGUAUUUCUAUAUUCCUGCUACAGUCACUUUUCAUCCCUGGUUACAUGUGCUGUAUAUCCGCCUAUCAUGCCUACACUGACACUCUUGCAUACACACACUCACACACGCACCACUACACACACACCCACCCACCUCCUAUGCUGCUGCCAUACUAUUAUAAUUAUUAUUAUUUAUCCUGCUACCAGUCACUUUUCCUAAUCCCUGCCUACAUGUACAUAUCUACCUCAAAUACUCAAGUAUCCCUGCACAUUGUAAAUUUACCCUGUACAGUAUAUAAAGUUGAUGACAGACGUUUACAUACACACUAGCCAAAUAUAUUUAAACUCAGUUUUCACAAUUCCUGACAUUUAAUCCUAGUAAAUAUACCCUAGGAAUAUACCCUUAGGUCAGUUAGGAUCACCACUUUAUUUAAAGAAUGUAAAAUGUCAGAAUAACAGUAGAGAGAAUGAAUUAUUUCAGCUUUUAUUUCUUUCAUCACAUUCCCAGUGCGUCAAAAGUUUACAUACACUCAAUUAGUAUUUGGUAUCAUUGCCUUUAAAUUGUUUAACUUGCGUCAAACGUUUUUGGGUAGCCUUCCACAAGCUUCCCACAAUUCCACAAGCUUCCCACAAAUUGGGUGAAUUUUGGCCCAUUCCUCCUGACAGAGCUGGUGGGCGGUAUGAUGGCUAGGUGUUCCCAUGGUGUUUAUACUUGCAUACUAUUGUUUGUACGGAUGAACGUGGUUCUUUCAGGUGUUUAGAAAUUGCUCCCAAGGAUGAAUCAGACUUGUGGAGGUCUACAAUGUUUUUUUCUGAGGUCUUGGCUGAUUUUUUUUAGAUUUUCCCAUGAUGCCAAGCAAAGAGGCACUGAGUUUGAAGGUAGGCCUUGAAAUACAUCCACAGGUACACCUCCAAUUGACUCAAAUGAUGUCAAUUAGCCUAUCAGAAGCUUCUGAAGCCAUGACAUUUUCUGGAAUUUUCCAAGCUGUUUAAAGGCACAGUCAACUUAGUGUAUUUAAACUUCUGUCCCACUGAAACUGUGAUACAGUGAAUUAUACGUGAAAUAAUCUGCCUGUAAACAAUUGUUGGAAAAAUUACUUGUGUCUUGCACAAUGUAGAUGUCCUAACCGACUUGGCAAAACUAUAGUUUGUUAACAAGAAAUUUGUGGAGUGGUUGAAUAGCAAGUUUUAAUGACUCCAAAGUCCUACUUCAACUGUAGCUUCCUUUCGUAUUUCUCGUGUUUGUUAUUUUUGUGUUUUUGUUAUUAUUAUUAUUAUAUUGAAUACUGCACUGUUGGGUAAGGCUCACAAGUUUAUCAUUUCACUGUACUUGUUCAUAUGAAUCUUCUAAAUCUUCAAACUUGAAAUAGAGAGAGGCGGGUCGUUGAGUUGGCACUCUGCCCAGUCGUCAUACCGUUUGUGUUCCAUGGAACUCCACCAUGAACCCCCCACUUAAACUCUGCAUAAAGAGUGCACAAACUAUUCAGACUCAAACAAACCGACGAACACAACUCCUGACGUAUCUGAGGAGAGGAGAGAAGAGGAAAGGAGAGGAGAAAACAGAAGAGGGACUUUUUAUGAAGACAUAGUUUAUAUUAUCUGGGGUGUCUUGACUGGACAUACUCAGAAGACUCCAGAUGUGUGUAGUUAGAGUCUUCUAACAUUAAUCUACCAGUACUGUAGUAUCUGAUAACAACACAGCAAAGGUCGACGGACAGACACUAUUUGUCCCACGAACGAUGUUCAACAGAAUGCAGGAGCAUGCUCUGACAGAAUGACAACUCCGUGGCUUGAAACGUCCCACUCGCUCGACUACACCCUUCCACCAGUGAUCAUUCACCUUGGUAACCACACGACGACAGCAUUGAAUAGCAACCAGUCCUGUAGUGGUGAUGACGAGAUCUUUAAGUACCGAGCCUACACUGUCACCUACCUACUGGUGUUCCCUAUGGCGUUUCUUAGCAACAUUGGAGCGCUGUUUGUGUUCCUGCGACUGAUGCCCAAACGGUCUGCGUCCUCUGUCCUCAUGACCAAUCUCGCCCUAUCAGAUGCAUGCUUCUCCCUCACCCUGCCGCUGCGUUUGGCCUACUACUUCAGAGGCGCUCGCUGGGACCUCCCUGAUUGGCUGUGCCGACUGUGUGUGUUUUGCUUCUAUCUCAACCUCUACACCAGCGUUCUCUUCCUUACUGGACUGAGCGUGCUCCGUUGGCUGGCCGUGCUGAAGCCUCUCCGUCAUCGAGCCUUGGCCACGCCCCUUCGUGCCUUAUUGGCUUGCUUGGGCAUUUGGCUGUUUGUGGGCGGCGCUUCAGUCCCAUUCCUGUUUUCGGGGACCAGGGUGAGGGCGGGACUAACACGCUGCUUCGAGCCACGUAACCCUGCCUCCUGGAAGAUGAUCUUCAUUCUCAACUACGUGGGCAUGACAUUCGGCUUCCUGAUCCCGUUCCUCACCAUCCUCGGUUGCUACGGCUGCAUCAUCCACCGACUGACAGCUACAGUCUCGUCAGCAUUAGGGUUGACUGGCAGCCUGAACAGGAACAAGAUACGUAACCAGGGGAGACGUCGGCGCCGGCGCCGGUCUCUGCGUCUGGUCGCCAUGGUGAUCUGCACAUUCCUACUGUGCUUUCUGCCCUAUCACGUGGCUCGCUCACUGCACCUGCACGCGGUGGUGGGCAGGUGGGGCUGUGUUGCUACGGCGACACUGCAGCGGGUGUUGGUGGUGACACUGUGUCUAGCGGCGGCCAACAGUGCGGUUAACCCUCUGUUGUACUACUACUCCGGGGAGUCCUUUAGAGCGGUCAUACGCAGCGCAUCGUCACGACGACGGUCCUUCUCCUCCUCCUUCACUCAGGGCAGCCUGCUGCUCUCUCGCAGAAAGAAGACCACAAUGCCUACAACAGCAACAAUGCGAGACUCACCCCUCGCUCCACCCCUAACCCUUCCUGGGUCCCUACCAGACACACCCCUCGCUCCACCCCUAACCCUUCCUAGGUCCCUACCAGAAACACCCCUCGCUCCACCCCUAACCCUUCCUGGGUCGCUACCAGACACAAAACUCGCUCCACCCCUAACCCUUCCUGGGUUGCUACCAGACACAAACCUCGCUCCACCCUAACCCUUCCUGGGUCACUACCAGACACAACCAUCGCUCCACCCCUAACCCUUCCUGGGUCCCUACCAGACACACAAAGCCGUUUGGAAGACAGUCUAUAAUGGGUUCAAAACCUAUUUGCCCUAUACCCCACCUCUACUUACAGACACUGAGACCUGAACACCUAGCUACAUUCUCCAGAAUCAGAGACACUUUGCUGCACAUGUAAAAUGGAGCCCUGAGGCCUGAACCAGAACCACACACACACACACCCACACGGAGACACUAACCUUUAGGUUUCCGAGGUCCUUUGUGGGUGUGCUCUCUGUUAUUUCCAUUCCCUCUGCCCGGCCGGCAGCAACAGGUGACGGGCCUACUUUUGUUUGAUUGUUUAUUAUCCCAGUGUUAAUCAUUACACUCUUCAUAGAUGUAUCAUAUAGGUCGAAAACAGUUUGCACAAGUCCCACAGGCUCACAUUUGUAGGUUAAAUUUAAUAAUAUCUUCAGUUGAUCAUAGUGACUGACAAUUGUUGCCUACAUAAUACAUAUUUAGUUUUUUCCUUGACAUUGAAGUAACGGAUAACUAUAUUUGAUGCAAGAGCUUCGAAUACCAUAUGCGUCUCACAAAAGACCUCAUCCAAUAUCAGGAGGCUCUUGUCCAGUUUGACAUUGCAUAUAAAGUUAGCAGGACCAUUGGAGACCAGCCAGACCUCAUGCAGAGAUUUGAUAAAGACUGUUGGCUGAAGCCAGAGUCUGGAAAGCACUCAAUCUCAAGGACAUCGGAGGAUAUCAACCAUAUAGUAAGUGUGCUUCUUGAUCAGGUGUAUACCUGAUCACGUUUACUUUGACACCUGUCAUGUUUUACCAAAGCUUCCAGAACAUCCAAAUAAACCUGUUGCGCAAAUUGGACUAUGAGAAACUAGUGUUGUGGAUCAGCAACCCCAAACUGAAAUCACACUGUGAGAAGAACAAACUGUCUGCUCAUUUGGCACGCAGACAGAGAUCCCAAAGUUUACAGUUGAUUUCAGCUGUAGUGCUGAGACCCUAGAAUAUAAAUUGUUAUCUUAAAUGCCACAGUUAGAGAAGUGAUGUAAAAAAAUGGGAAAGAAUAAGUAGUACUGAAACCAAUGACAAUGUAGACUCACAAAAUGUAUAUUUAUUUUUAUAAUGUUCAGUGGCGUGUAUUCAUGGUUGCCAAGGGAAGCCAGGCUGCCCACAAAAAAAUUACCAAAAAAUAAAUUAUUAAUUUAU